CACCGGAAACUGAAGCUUGCACGCUGCUUGGCUUAACGCUUAUGCUUUAUUCACGCUUUACUUGAGCUGCUUCUGUCGCUUACUAAGGAAGUCUCGUUAACAGGUUAUAACGCCACCUUUGGACAGGCAACUGUGGCGCUGCAGACUGGUAAGUACACAAUGCACGCUGCUUUACAAGGCCCGCCAGCCACUUUCGCUUGUUGCUUACUGCUUUUCGGUUUCUUGACAGGUGGUCAGUCACCAGGCAAUUCUUCCACCCUUUUCUCCUCUCACGGUGGUUUUACUGGCUUCCACGCACAACUCACAAUAGGCAACACCUCUUUCACUAAACCAUUUACGGCAGGUUUUGCGAUAGGCUGGGGUAAUAAGGGUAACUCGUCUAGCAGCCACUCAUCAAGUAGCCACUCAUCUAGCAGCUCCUCAUUUAGUAGCAGCUCAUCUGGCAGUAGCAUUUUUGGCACGACAUCUGGUUUUGCUUCAAGCAGCACACAAAAUGUGAGCAGUAGCAGUUCAAAUCCUGAUUCAGGAAUUACUAACAUUCAACAGACCGGAAUUGAGUCAGGCUCUAGUUCAGAAAGUCAGGCCUUUCCGAACACUACUCAGGCAAUUAGUGGGACCGGGUCUGCAUCCAGUUCUCAAAGUCAGGCCUCUUCCAUCAAUGGGCCCAAUACUCAAACCCAUAAUGGGGCCGAAUCAACCACCAGUACCGAAAGUCAGGCGUCUCCCAACAAUGGCUCUGAGAACGUUAGCGGAAGCGAGUCAGCCGCUACUUCCGAAAGUCAAGCGUCCGCCAACAAUGGCUCUCAGAACCCUAAUGGACCUCACUCAGCCUCCAGUUCCGAAAGUCAAACCGAAAUUAACGCUAGCAGUGCAACAGAGUCACAAUCAAUCUCAGCCGACAAUGGACCCCAGAGCACUGGCUCGGCUAGUCAGCCAGGAUCAAUUGCAAUUGCCGAAAGUCAACAAUUUUCCGAAAAUGGACUUCAAAAUGCUAGCGGUGCAAGCUCAAACGCAAAUUCGGGAAAUGGAAACUUAUCUCAAAAUGACCUUAACAAUAGUUAUGAUUCAAAUUCAGAUGCGAAUACGGGGGGUCAAAUCCCACCUAACAACGGACAGGAAAAUGUUCCUGGGUCUAGUUCACAAAUACAAAACUCAGGCGACAGUUUAGCCACCGGUUCUCAAUCUGCUACCGGUGCAGGCACAUCGUCCACGCCCAGUAGUGGAGCCCCUGCAAACAAUACGCCAAAUGACGUUGCUGACACAGAUAUCGAAUCGAAUUUAAUAGGCCAGGGUGAAACCGACAGUACACUAGGCUUAAUCGACAACACCAACAUUCCAACCUCUGCUUCUGAGAGUCAAAAUUUAGCCGACACAACCAAUACCGCCACCGAAUCUGGAAGUCCUAACUCAUCCCCAGGCUCGUCGCAAAGCGCAACCCUUACUAACGGCCAAAGCUCUUCAACUGCUGGCAGCGAAAACGUGGAUGCAUCAAACAAUGCCGGUAUUUUAUACCGUUCUACUUAAUUGUUGCACGGGGGAUCUCAAGGGUGGUGUGAGUAGUCACUCUGCAUUUCAUGAAAACUGACACUAUUGCCUUA